UAGAGUGCAUCCCUGUCGUUGAAAGAGACUACACGAAAGAGCUUGAGCAGACCAGAGAAGAGAGAUGCCGGGCUUGAGACUGAUAGCUGGGUUGAGCGUGAGAGGCGUUAUGGAUGUGAUCGUCGCUGGGGUUUCUCUGGUGAUCGGAUUCGGGUUCUGGGUUUUCGUCACCUCCGUUCUCUGCUCUGUCGCUUUCUUUCGAUGCGCCAAGCAAGCUUCUUGAUCAAAGGUACGUCCUGUCUUUGAUUGGGAUGUGAACUUGGAAUAACUUUCUGGUAUUGUAUAUUACUAAUUUGAGUUAUUACUAUUUCUCUUUUUCUCGACACUCGAUGUGUAUGCUCGUUUUACAUUCAUAAGAAGUAAAAGCAGCUCUAGUUUAUUAGAA